GAGGCUUUUACAGAGAUAAAAUGGGCGUGGAUUCGUGUCAGGCAUCAGCAAAACAGACUAGGGUGUGUGGUUUGAAGACAUGCGAUUGAAACCUGAAGCGAACAUCAGGAAGAAACAGGUUGUGCAAGAAUCUUUGAACACAGAAAUAAGAGCUGAACGGGAAGUUUGCACAACUGCUGCAAACGUCAAGGUGGAAAGAGACGAGAAUUAAAUGAGCGGCUGAAAGUGGUGGCAGCUGUUUGUGAGACGAGUGUGUGAGGAGGAAAGUGCAGAGAGCAGCGUCAGAUCUUUAGCCUUCUUACAUCAGGUUUUCUGUGUCAGCACAAUGGGAAAAUCAGCCUCCAAGCAGUUUGCUGAGGAGGUGCUUCGCUGCCACAAUGAGUACAGGAAGAAGCACCAGGCUCCUCCGCUGAAGCUGAGCAGCAAACUGAGCAGCCAGGCCUCACGCUAUGCUGAGAGUCUGGCCAGCACACACAUCCUGAAGCACAGCGAGGAGUCCAGCAAAGGGACCUUCGGAGAGAAUCUAGCAUGGGCCUCAUACGACCAGUCGGGCAAGGAUGUGGCCGACCGCUGGUACGAUGAAGUAAAACAGUACAACUUCAGCCGUCCUGGAUUCUCCUCUGGCACCGGUCAUUUCACAGCCAUGGUUUGGAAGAGCAGUAAGGAACUGGGAGUCGGUAAAGCCACUGCGUCAGACGGUUCUUCUUUUGUGGUAGCCAGGUACUUUCCGGCUGGAAAUAUCACCAACCAGGGGCACUUUGAGAACAAUGUCCUUCCCGCCACAUCCUAAAGGAGAAGGCUUAAAUGGAGCCCUGUUUGUACAGAAGACUGAUGUUUUGCCUGCACCACCAUGAAGAAUGCACAGGAGGGAGAACACUUUGGGUGGUUUGUUUUGUGUAUAUGAUUCAGUGUUGAUGUGUUUUUUUUUUGUUUGUUUUUUUGGUGGAGGCAGGGAAGUACCAGAUUUCAACAUGUACAUGUACAACUGUGGCUGAUGCUAAUCUUUGACGUGUUUGACUUGAUGAGCUGUGUUACCCUACGGUUACAUUAGCUACAAAUCAGGACAACAAGCAGUUGGCAUUCGUCUCUUGAUGGGCGUUACUGGGUGUGGCCAGCUCGUGGUUCCUUGGCAUUAACGUGCACGAUGUUUAAUGACAGAUUAUAAAGGGUGGGAAAACCAGACACUGAAUUUUUACUUGUUUGACUACUUAACCAAACCAAAGUUCGCUUGGCUUAUUUCAGUCCAACAUUUUUCGCAGUACCAUUUCUGCAUCACCAGUUAGCAUGCUAACAUCACCUUACAAUCUCUUGUAAAUCACUUCAGAGGUCUUAUCUGGUUACAAAAGCAGCAUUUGUAGAUUUAUAAAUGUUUUAUUUCUCGCUAACUUUCACAAAAUAUGAGUACAAAAUGGCAAACUUAUUAGAGUUACACAGAAAUUCAGCUGUUUGCGUCAGAAAACGAUGCACUGUUAAGAAACUGUCAACACAUUCAAACAAAUAUUUUUGAAAAAAUUCUGUUUUUCAGCAUGCUCAAAACACUAAACGAAGCAAGUGAUUCAACAAAAUUAGUGACUUUUCAUUGCUUCAAACAAUAAUUUGCUCAAAAUACUCAAAGCACUAAGGAGCACAAUUUCUUGAGGAAAUUAUUCGGUGUUUUGAAUAAUUGGUUGUCACAAACUCUCUGAUGCUAUUAGCAUUAAUCAUGGUUAGCAUGACAUAUGCUAAUGGUAAGUGCACUUGUUUUGUUUUAAAACAACCCAUCAAGUUAAACACACAAAGCCAAAGUAAAAAUCUCAGAUUUAUGGUAACUUCACAUCUGAUAAUAAAGUAAUUCUCUGGGGAAAAAACUGUACUGUGCAAUUAAUUGCUAACAAAUCAUUUUCAGUGACUGGUUUAUCGUAAACCUGUCUGGAUGUCGUAUUUAUUUCCUGUGAGAGUAUAUUGAUUGACAUGUCAUCUAUGCACUCGACCAUGACAUACUUUGAAUUUAAAACCACUGACUCCACGUGCAUUUUUAUUAAUGCUGCUCUGCAGACAGUUGUGUUCUAUUUUAAUCUGUUUUACACAAUAAAUCUCAAUAAAAGU